CUCUGACUUGUGCCUCGAGCGCGCGCCUGCAUUUAGCGCGGAGGAAGUGACGUCACGGCGUCAACAUGUAAGAUGGCGACGCAUCACAGGCAGAAUGCAGCGGGGCGCAGGAAAGUGCAGGUGUCGUAUGUCAUCCGAGAUGAAGUUGAGAAAUAUAACCGUAAUGGAGUCAAUGCACUACAGCUGGAUCCAGCCCUUAACCGUCUCUUCACUGCUGGUCGAGACUCGAUCAUCAGGAUAUGGAGCGUUAACCAGCACAAGCAGGAUCCAUACAUUGCAUCAAUGGAGCAUCACACAGAUUGGGUGAAUGACAUCGUCCUCUGCUGUAAUGGGAAAACAUUGAUAUCGGCCUCCUCUGACACUACAGUAAAGGUUUGGAACGCACACAAGGGCUUCUGUAUGUCAACGCUGAGAACACAUAAGGACUAUGUUAAAGCGUUAGCGUAUGCUAAAGAUAAAGAGUUGGUGGCCUCCGCCGGACUGGACAGGCAGAUCUUUCUUUGGGACGUGAACACGCUUACGGCUUUAACCGCCUCUAAUAACACUGUUACUACAUCAUCUCUCAGCGGGAACAAAGACUCCAUCUACAGUUUGGCCAUGAAUCAGAUGGGAACUGUUAUCGUGUCUGGAUCAACGGAGAAGGUUCUGAGAGUGUGGGACCCGCGGACCUGUGCCAAACUCAUGAAGCUAAAGGGACACACGGACAAUGUGAAAUCGCUGCUGUUGAACAGAGACGGCACUCAGUGUCUUUCAGGCAGUUCGGACGGGACGAUUCGGCUGUGGUCAUUGGGUCAGCAGAGGUGUAUCGCCACGUACCGCGUUCACGAUGAGGGCGUCUGGGCUUUACAGGUCAACGAAGCCUUCACGCACGUCUACUCCGGGGGUCGUGACCGUAAGAUAUACUGCACAGACCUGCGUAACCCGGAUAUCCGUGUGCUCAUAUGUGAGGAGAAGGCGCCCGUGUUGAAGAUGGAGUUGGACAGAUCAGCUGAACCACAUUCUGCCAUCUGGGUUUCUACCACCAAGUCUACAGUAAAUAAGUGGUCUCUGAAGGGAAUUCAUAAUUUCCGUGCGUCUGGAGAUUAUGACAACGACUGUAGCACUCCACUGACACCUAUGUGUACACAGCCUGAACAGGUUAUUAAAGGUGGAGCCAGUAUAAUCCAGUGUCACAUUCUGAAUGACAAGAGACACAUUCUCACCAAAGACACCAACAACAGUGUGGCAUACUGGGAUGUGCUGAAGGCUUGUAAAGUUGAAGACUUGGGCAAGAUGGAGUUUGAUGAAGAAAUCAAAAAACGCUUUAAGAUGGUUUAUGUGCCCAACUGGUUUUCCGUCGACCUCAAAACAGGGAUGUUGACUAUAACAUUGGAUGAGAGCGACUGUUUUGCCGCUUGGGUUUCGGCUAAAGACGCAGGAUUCACGAGCCCCGAUGGAUCGGAUCCUAAACUGAAUCUGGGCGGUCUGUUGCUUCAGGCUCUGUUAGAGUUUUGGCCACGCACGCACAUCAAUCCAAUGGAUGAGGACACAGAACUGAAUCACGCCAGUGUGAACGGUGAACACGAGAGCAGGAUACAGAAAGGCAACGGAUAUUUCCAGGUUCCAGCGCACACUCCGGUCAUCUUCGGCGAGGCGGGAGGCAGAACGUUAUUCCGGCUGUUGUGUCGUGACUCGGGAGGUGAGACUGAGUCGAUGUUACUGAACGAGACCGUCCCGCAGUGGGUCAUCGACAUCACAGUGGACAAAAACAUGCCCAAAUUCAACAAAAUCCCUUUCUACCUGCAGCCCCAUUCAUCCUCUGGAGCCAAGACAUUAAAGAAGGAUCGACUGUCGGCCAGUGACAUGUUACAGGUGAGGAAGGUGAUGGAGCACGUCUAUGAGAAGAUCAUCAACCUGGACAGCGAGUCGCAGACGGGCGGUUCGGCUGCGGAGAAACCCAGCGAGCAGAAGGAGGAUGAAGACGUCUCGGUUUUAGCAGAAGAAAAGAUUGAGCUGCUGUGUCAAGAUCAGGUUUUGGAUCCCAACAUGGACCUGCGAACGGUGAAGCAUUUCAUCUGGAAAAGCGGAGGCGACCUGACGCUUCACUACCGGCAGAAGUCCACGUGAGAUCGGCCCCCCGUACCGUCGCCAUGGAAACUCCAUUCGUAACACUUCACAUUCAAAGCACACGUUCACCUGCACUUCCUGGUCCUGCGUGAUCUUCAGAUCAUCUUCCUCACACGGACCGCUCGCUCACGCAUGUUCAUCCGGGUGGAAACGGGAAGAUGAGCGAGAACGCUCACGAACGGGCAGUUUACACUUCUCCGGUGUAUUUGUGUAUGGAAGAUGCCACCUGAACGGUUUUCUCUACGAUGUUUAUUAUUUUAAUAGCGUUGUAAUAACUCGAUGGAUGCCAUAUUGGACGCGUCGGACUGCUUGAUUUUUCUUCUCGUUUAACAUUCCAGUGAUGUGUUUGUUGCCAACGACAUUGUGAAAUCCUUCCCGCAGCAUGUUGGGAAAACAGAAAGUCAAAGCGUAAGAUUCACGGUCUGGAUUUGGGUUUGAAACGAUCAGGAUGGUAACUAGCGCGCGUUUAGGCGUGCUCCGAGAAGGCGGUUUCCCAUGAUGCAUCUCACUAAUGUGCUGUGAUCAACUCAUUCAUCCUGUACAUAUAUUGUAAUUAUUUUGUAGUCAACUUGGCCUGAGUUUUAUUUACUUUUCCUUUUUAAGGAAA